AUGCAAAGCUCAACCACAAUCAACAAGUUCCGAGUUGACAUCAUCACAUGUACAUCACUUGAACAAUUACAACAAAUUCAGCAUCAGUUUCAAAAGUUUAUUGACUCACAAGCACUUGAUACGAGCUAUUCAAAGAAGAUAGAAAGUGAAUAUGUCAAGUCCAUAUUGAAGCUCAUUCAAUCGAAACAGAAUCAGCUCAGCAAAGUGAGUUUCAAGUUUGUGGGGGACCCACAACCGCCGGCCAACCUCAACAAGUCCAAACAUGAUACUGAUGCAUUUUCGAACCUUCGUUCUGACUCAAUCACUGUUGUUGAUGACGACUACAAGCUCACUUCCAACCACAUCUACAUAUCAAAGUUCUCGAAUAGUAGGCUUUCACUAGAGUCAAUGUCUAUUCAUUUGCAAAAUGGCAAUAACUCCAUUUGCAAUAUACAAUCUUCUGGUCCAGUCUUUAUACAAAAUGCAAUCAACUGUAUCUUUGUUAUAUCAUGUCAUCAAGCAAGACUUCAUCACAUAAAAGACUCCACAGUGAUUGUUGAAAACAGAGAUAAAGGGAAUCCCAUAAUCAUUGAGAACUGCACACAGUUAUUGAUAAAUGACGUUGAUGUAGACGAUUUCAAUCAUCCUAGCAAGACUACCAAGAGUCCCAACUACAAUGUCCUAUCGAGCGAAGAGGUUUUAAGAAUUAAACAAAGGAUACCGACAAUGGAGUUGCACAAUAUAAACCAAUGCACAUUUUGA